AUGGAUUCCACGAGCUCAGGGUCGCCGACGGCCAGUCCGACCGGUGCCAUCCGCACACGCAACAAGUCCUCCUCCGGCUCGAUCGCAAAGCGAGCUUGCGACCAAUGCAAGUUCCGCAAGAUCAAGUGUAGCUUAUCGCAGCCCUGCAAGGCCUGUCAAUCGAUGGGCUUUGACUGCACUUUCCUUCAGCCGCAGAAGAAGCGCGGGCCAACCGGACAUCGCGUCUCGCAAAUUCGCCAGCAACAAACGCAUAUCGUCUCUCGCAGUCCACAGGAGACUCCUCCCAUCGCUAAGCAGGAGCCCUUCCGGUAUCAUGGCCCAACCUCUGGCGUGGAACAGGGCCGGUCAGUCUCGAUGCCCGGAGCAUCAUGGACGCCUACACAAGGACAAGUCACCAUGUCGAUGGAGGGAGCGGCUGGUCUUGCUUCCUCCGGCUCAGCAGCGAGUGUCGUAGACGCGUGGGCGGGCGAGACGGCAUCCCUCGACUCACAAGGAAGUGUCGGCUGGAACGAUCGUCCAGAUGUGGAAUAUUGGUUGCCAGAUAAUUUGGGCGUGCAGGUCCCCGUCUUUGAAUUCCCCGGCAGCAACAUCUACCUCAAACCUUCUCUCCCAUCCAUUAUACAACCCGUGCCUGAUGUAUCGACCAUCAGCCUACCCCCGGCGGAGCACACGGGAAUGACAUAUUCCCCGGCCGUGGGGUCGAUACAAUCCUCGGACAGUCAGGAAUCGGAAGGAUUCUGGCCCAAUUCGAUCAACGAGGCGAACAUGGUUCCCUGGCUGGACGUCUACUUUGACCGUCUUCAUCCUACGGUCCCAGUUUUGAGUCGGUCUUCCUUGUACACGCGGAUGAUGUGUCAGGAGCAUCGCAAGAAUACGCAAUUCGGGGCAAUGCUACUUUCCCUAUGUGCAUUCUCUCUAACACAACCUAUCGAGAUUAAUGAGCGGGCCACGACCUCAUCGCGGGCCACGCAGGCUCGACUGAUGAUGCACGAAGCUACCAAGAUGCGGAGCUGUUGUGAUUUUGGUGAAAACCCGACGAUCGAGGCUGUUUUGACUAGUUUCUUCCUUUUUGGUUGCUUGUUUGGAAGCAAUCAACAUAAUGCCGCGUGGUUGCGGCUGCGAGAAGCUCUCGACCUUGCGUCUACAUUGGGACUGAAUGAUCCCGAGUCAUAUCAGGAUUUACCCGGGGAUGAGAAAGGCCAGCGAUUGCGGACAUAUCUAGUAUUGUCAAUCACAGAGAGAGCAUACGCAUUGCAACGCCUCCACCCAGUCACAUUCUCCGGCAAACCCGGAUUCAGCAUGCGCUCCGUCCACGACUUCCUCCACAACGCCACCCACAGUCUCGUCUCAGGAAUCAUCGUGCACAACGAAAAAGACGCCGAAGGCAUGAUGGGUCUAGCCCGAUUAAUGGAACUCUUCGACGCGAUCGACGAAGAUUUCAUCCACUGCUGGAACCGGCGCUGCGAUCUUCGAAACGGAUAUUGUCAACGCUUCACCGAAGAAAAGGCUCUGUCCAUGUACGAUAGUCUUGAGAAAGUCAGUCAAGCAGAGCGGUAUACGGGGUAUGACUGGUUUGAAAGGGCCAAGGUUGACGGUAAUGAUAAUAAUGCCCUUCUUGCUAUGGGGUUGAGGGAAACACAGGCUGCGGAUGUUUUCAUUACGCAGAAGUGGGUGCAGAAUCGGGUUUGGCUUUUGUGUUUGAAUCAUGGGUUGUUGAGGACGCAGUCUGAUCGGCCUGAGUUGACGUUUGGAUUUGCGGUUACUAUUGCUGAAUCGACGAUUCAAUUGUGUCGUUCGUUGAGGUUGAGUUCGAUGGAAGCUCAUGGGAUUGGAUUUACCGAAAAAUUAUUCGACAUCGCCGUCAGUGCAACAGAUAUCCUCUGCAAGGUCAACCCACCCUUCGGCACGGGGAUAACCCCGCUAGGCAACUUUUCCGAAUCCCUACCUACAACAUCCACACCCCAGGUCAUGGCGGAAGACUUCUUCUUACUGCUGAGCAGUUUCCGGGGCGGGAAUCAUCCGUUUGUGGAUAAGUAUCGAGCUCAUUUGCGUGCGUUGCAGAUCCCCGGGAAUUGGGGGCCGAGUCAGGUCCAGAAGUCGGAUACUGUGAUGAUUUGA